AAUCAAAGCACGUCGUCACCUCUCCUCUCACCUUCCUCUCGCCCGUUCAACGACGCCACCGCCUUGCCUCCGUCUAUUUACCUAUUUAGCCCCCGCCCAACCCGCCCGGAGACGAGACGCCACCGGAGUUCCCCCCACCACCGCUCGCCGCCUUCUCCGCCUCGCCUCGCCGCCGCGUCGACCGCCAUGGCUGAGACUGUUGUGCUCAGGGUUGGGAUGUCCUGUGAAGGUUGUGUUGGAGCUGUUAAGCGGGUACUGGGAAAGAUGCAAGGAGUGGAGUCCUUUGACGUAGACAUCAAGGAGCAGAAGGUCACUGUCAAGGGAAAUGUUACACCAGAUGCCGUUCUUCAGACCGUUUCAAAGACGGGCAAGAAGACCUCGUUCUGGGAUGCUGAGCCUGCACCUGUUGAAGCUACUGCUGCUUCAUCUUAAAAUGUCAUUUUAUCUCCUGUGAUAUGUAAAGGUUGAUGUAACAAUUUCCCAGUGGAACUGUCUUGUGAGAUCACAAAGUUGUCUGUUCUUAUGAUCAUAACUUGAAGCUAUUUCAAAUAAUAUCAGACAGCUAGUUACACAUAUGUACAUCUUUGUAUUUCUCUAUCCUACCAGUAUUGGACUAUUGGUAUGAUCAAUUUGGUAAAAAUACAUGGGUCAUCACAUUGUUUCUGUGGCA